AUGGCCGACGAUUUCGCUCCCCCGUCGGGUCCUCCGCCUCCCAAGGCCCCCGAGGUUCCUCCCGGCUGGAUCGCUCGAUGGAAUGAUCAGUACAAAGAAUGGUUCUACGUAAACCUUCACACCAAACAAUCCCAAUGGGAUAAGCCGACAGAGCCCGCCCUCCCUCCCCCUCCCCCACCAGCAGAAGACGGGCACCCGGGUGGCCCCCCUCCCGGUUACGCCCCGCGCCCCGGCGACCACCCGACGCCGCCGGUCGAUCAAAAGCACAACCCCUACGACCAGAAGGGCAACCCCUACGAGAACCAGUCCUCGACCCCUCAGCCUCCCGGCGCCGGCGGCUCCAACACAAUGUCCGAGGACGAGCGCCUAGCCCGCCAGCUCCAGGCCGAGGAAGAAGCCCGCGCACGCAGUGGCGGCGGCGGCGGCACCCACUCCCCCAUGCCCCCGGGCUACAACCUCCAGCAGCAGCAACAUCAGCAGUCGCAGUCGCCGUUCCCCGACCAGCUCCCGCCCCGCGCGCAGGAGACGAGGGGAAAGAGCUCCGGCGGCUUCCUGGGUAAGCUGCUGGGCAAGGCCAAGACGGGCGGCAUGGGCGGCUCGAGCCACGCCCAGCCGCAGUACGGAGGGUACCCUCAGCAGCAAGGCUACGGUGGUUACCCCCCGCAGCAGCAAUAUGGCGGCUAUCCGCCUCAGCAGGGUUACGGGGGAUACCCUCAGCAGCAGGGCUAUGGCGGAUAUCCCCAGCAGCAGGGCUACGGCCGGGGCAUGGGCGGCAUGGGUGGAAUGGGCGGCGGUCGGAAACCCGGCGGCGGCGGCAUGGGUAUGGCGGGCGGUCUCGCGCUCGGUGCCGGUGCCGGUCUGCUUGGUGGUGCGUUGAUUGCGGAUCACAUCAAUGACGAGCAGCAGGAGGCCUAUGCCGAUGGAUACAAUGACGGACAGGACGGUGAUGAUUUCGGUGGUGGAGACGACUUUGGAGGUGACUUCUAA